AUGUCAGAAUUAGCUCAUAAUUCGCCAGCGAAUCAGAGAAUACCUCUGGACCCAAAAAAAGCCGGUGAUUUUGCCGAUAAUACAAGUAAUGUUGGCUUUGAAGAGAAUAAGGAUACCCCAUCAGAAACAGAGGGAAUCAGUCAUGAAAAAAUACCAAACAUCGAGGAUUUUAGACCAUUGUGCACUAGUAAAUCUCAUGUGUACACGAUGCACGAAUUGAUGGAAAUUGCGAAAUCGGUCUCAGGCACCUCUCAGGCCACUCUUAGUGUUCAUAUACCAAAGAAAAGUUUCUGGAGAUUGACCAACAGACACCCUGACCUCAGACAAUCAGAGCUCAACAACAACACGGGAAACGGCCAUAAAAACAACUCCGGUUUCCGAUUGCAGGAUUUCAAUGGUGACAAGAAAAACCACAGAACCAAGAAUGCACGCAACGCCAAAAGGGGCGGGAAAUUUGCCAAGGGCGAUAAACCAUAUGUGGAGGAAAAGGACGUGCAAGUUAAUAACGAUGAGCUUCUGGCCUUAGAGGAGGAGAUUAAGCCCACGGGGAACUCCAUCACGGAUUUUGAAAACUGGAGAAAGAAAAUGAAGGAGCUGGAACGCCAAAAAAAGGGGCAGUCCACGAACAACAGCUCCGAUAACAUCGAAAGGCCCUCUUUGGCGAACAAUGGGAGCUCGAUCUCCGACUUUUUCAACUUGAACAGGCAAAGCUCCUCGAACUUUGAAGAGCUCGAGCCUCAGGAUUCUUUGGAGUCCUCGAAAGGCUCACAUUCACGGUUUUCUUCUUUUUUCAAUGCCGCCGGACCUGCAGGUACCAAAAAUGAAUCUUUCAGUACGUUAGCCCAGCCUCCAACACCUAAGGACAGCGAGUCCAGACCUGCUGCCGGUUCUCGAAUUUUGUCUUUUUUCGAUAAUAUGGAGUCUAGGAAAACUGCAGCGGAACAGACACCUCAGCAAAGUACCGCUUCCAUACCAUCUGUAUCGCCACCACCUGUUCAGGAGCAGACAAACAGCCACUUUUUCCAGGGCCUUCUAAACAGGGGCAAGGUAUCCUCCAGUCCAAAGUCAGAGGACAGACAGUUUUCUGCCAGUGACAGCGCUGUCGCAGGGGCGCCGGCAACUAUACCAUAUUCUCCAUCUGGCAACGACCAGUCGAGGACUCAGGAGCCACAGAGAAGUAGAGCGCCUCCUGGCUUAUCCAAAAUUCCAGGUAAUAAUCCCAUGAUUCCUCCUCAAGGACCUCCCGGCUACCCAAUGGGCAUACCAAUGAACAUGUUUGGUCAAAACGCUCAACCAAUGAGCCAGCCACCUGCAGCUUUUCAGCAGUUCCAUAUGCCACCACCUGGGGUAGCUAUGCAUCAGCCAUUUUUCAACAAUCAACGACAGACUGGCGAAAGAGAUGAAAAAAACAUUCGUACGCUUAAAAUGCAGCUCCCGUUCAUUCCAGGACCUCCCAAUAUGCCACCACCAGGAUUCCCUUCGAUGCACGGCAUGCCUCCAGGAAUUUCGCAGGACAUGCCUAUGCCAAUGAACAACAUGAUGCCUCCCCCACCUGGCUUUUUCACCUCUCAGGGACCCUCGAUACCUCAACAUGGUAAUCAGAAAAUGCACCAACAUGCGCCAAAUGGCCAAGAACAACAGCAGGGUAUGCGACCACGGGAAGCAAAGUGA